GACGUAUAAUAUUUGUAAAUAAUAAUAUUUACGAUAUGCAUAUGCUUACAUGGGUUAUUGAAAUACUGUAAUAAUUCAGCUGCCUAAAUUACUGCCAGAUUGUCGCGUGUAUAGUAAAAGGCCCCCAAAAUAUUACGUUUAGCUAUGGUAGUGGAAAUAAGGGACUACGUACGGUCACCGGGUCAAGUGUUAAGAUUAUAUUACAGACAUUAUUUCUGCGUUUCGGAAAUAUGUAAGACGUCAUGUGGCUUUUCUCUAUUCAGUGAGAACGUAUAUGGGGAUUUGACUUCGAAGAUUGAGCGAUUAUAGUUCUUGGAAACAAAAAUCUUCGAUAAAACUGGGGCUGUCGUUCUCUGGUCGACAUGGCCGUGGUAUGCCUUUAGCACAGUAGGCUGUAGCCAGUGUGAGUACACCAUCGAGUCCGAUCGCACCAUCUUAGAAACAACGUCCGUCUUUGCAGAGGGACGGGAAUCCAGGGCUAGUGAUUUUUGGUUUAUUUUCGCAAUCUAUAAUUAGUAUGCGUAUUUUUUUUUUUAUUUGAUUUUCAAGUGUAUACAUAUUAUAUUGUCUGCAAAAUCUAUUUCGAGUGCGUAUUUCGUGUUAUCUAUAUUCCUAUCACAGUACCAUUAUCCAUAGGCAGCUACUAACCAGGUAAACUUCUUAAAUCAUUUGGGAUGUCCAAGUCCAACUACACCAACUACAAUGUUUCGAGUCACAACAUUUCAAAUGUUGUAACAACCACAACGACAGCUCCAACUACAAUAAUUUUGACUACAUCAGAACCAACACCAAUAAUUAAAAUACUACCAACUACAAAGGAUCGACACCCAUUAUGGAUUAGCAGAAGUAAAAAGGGAAGAAUUCGAAGGCGUAAAUAUAAAGAACAGCAUGGUAUACCUACGAGACCAUAUCCGACCACAACAAUACUAUCGCCAAGUACAAUUUCACCAACCACAAUUUGUCCAAACACAAAACCAGAAGCAAUAAUGACACCAGUUAAUACAAACAAUGAAACAACAACACCUAUGUCAUCAACCACAACAUUUCGAACUAAAAUUCCACCAGCACAAAGUACAAUUUCACCAACUACAAUGUUUCCAGAAACAAAAACCCUGGAAAUAAUGACACCAGUGAAUUCAAACACUGCAUCAACAACAACGAUUGCACCAACCACAAUAAUUCCAACUAUAACUCUGACAAAUCCAACUACAGAAAUACAAACAAUCACAGCUGAAAUAUUUCCAGACACAAAAACACUAGCAACAAUGACAUCUGUAAUUUCAAACACUGAAACAACGACCAUGGCAUCAACCACACCAUUUCUAACUACAAUUCCACCAGCACAAAGUACAAUUUCACCAACUACAAUGUUUCCUGAAACAAACACUCAAAUCACAAACACACCAAUAAUUUCAGACAUUGCAACUACAACUAUGGUAUUAACCACAACAAGUGCAAUGUCUCAAACCACAAGGAUGAAACACCCAUUACGAAUUAGCAAAAGUCAAAAGAGAAGAAUUCGAAGGCGUAAAUAUAAAGAACAGCAUGGUAUACCAACGAGACCAUAUCCAACCACAACAAUACUAUCGCCAAGUACAAUUUCACCAACCACAAUUUGUCCAAACACAAAACCAGAAGCAAUAAUAACACCAGUAAAUACAAACAAUGAAACAACAACACCUAUGUCAUCAACCACAACAUUUCGGACUAAAAUUCCACCAGCACAAAGUACAAUUUCACCAACUACAAUGUUUCCAAAAACAAAAACCCAAGAAAUAAUGACACCAGUAAAUUCAAACACUGCAUCAACAACAACGAUGGCACCAACCACAAUAAUUCCAACUAUAACUCUGACAAAUCCAACUACAGAAAUACAAACAAUCACAGCUGAAAUAUUUCCAGACACAAAAAUACCAGCAAUUUCAAACACUGGAACGACGACUAUGGUAUCAACCACAGCAUUUAUAAAUACAACAACACUAGCACCAAGUAUAAUUUCACCAAUUACAAUUCUUUCAGAAAGAAAAACUCCAGUGACAAUAGCACCAAUAAUUUCAAACGCUGCAACAACAACAACAUUUAAGGCAUCAAUCACAACAAUUGCAAUGUCUCCUACCACAAUGGCUCAACACCCAUUAUAUAAAAGCAAACUACAAAAUAAAAGAAGGUUAAGGAGAAAAUACAAUGAACAGACAAUUAUCGCAUUGACCAAAAUAUAUCUAACUACAACAACACCAUCAUUAAGUACAAUAUCACCAACCACAUUUUUUCUAGACACAAAAACAUCAGUUAAUUCAAAUACUGUAACAACAACAACAAUGGCACAAACAGAAAUAAAUACAUCAAUAACUCUGACAACGUCAACUAAACAAAUACCAACCAUUCCAUCUAAAAUAUGUAUAUACACUACUACAUCAACAACAAUGACACCAGUAAUUACAAACACUGAAACAACGUCUAUAGCAUCAACCACAACAUUUCUAACAACAACAAGACCGUUAUCAAGUACAAUGACGCCAACUACAAUGUUCCCAGACUCAAAAACACAAACAGAAAUAACUUCAGUAUCAUCAAAUACUGUAAACAUAACAGCGAUAACACCAACCAUAAUAAUGAAAACUACAGCAGCUAAAACAAACCCAAGUAAAAAACCAUCAAUCACAAGGAAUCGACACUCAUUAUGGAUUAGCAAAGAACGAAAGAGAAGAAUGUUUAGGAACAAAUAUAAUAAACAGAAAAUUAUGCCAUCAACUAAAGAAUUGCUAUCUAUAACAACACCAUCAUCAAGUACAAGAUCACCAACCACGAUGUUUCCAGAAACAAAAACCCUGGAAAUAAUGACACCAGUGAAUUCAAACACUGCAUCAACAACAACGAUUGCACCAACCACAAUAAUUCCAACUAUAACUCUGACAAAUCCAACUACAGAAAUACAAACAAUCACAGCUGAAAUAUUUCCAGACACAAAAACACUAGCAACAAUGACAUCUGUAAUUUCAAACACUGAAACAACGACCAUGGCAUCAACCACACCAUUUCUAACUACAAUUCCACCAGCACAAAGUACAAUUUCACCAACUACAAUGUUUCCUGAAACAAACACUCAAAUCACAAACACACCAAUAAUUUCAGACAUUGCAACUACAACUAUGGUAUCAACCACAACAAGUGCAAUGUCUCAAACUACAAGGAUGGAACACCCAUUAUAUUUAAGCAAAAUACAAAAGAGAACUAUGUUAAAGCGAAAAUACUAUGAACAGAAAUAUAUGGCAUCAGCUAAAACAUUUCUAACUACAACAACACCAUUACCAAGUACAAUAUCAUCAAACACAUUGUUUCCAGACACAGAAAAAACAGAAAUAAUGACACCAGAAAUGUCAAACAAUAAAACAACAACAUCUAUGUCAUCAGCCACAACAUUUCGAACUACAAAAAUAUCAACACCAAGUACAAUGUCAACCAGCUGCUCUAUGUUUCCAGACGCAAAAACCCCACCAACAAUGACACCAGAUAUUUCAAAUACUGUGGCAACAACAACGAUGGCACCAACCAUCAUAAUUCAAACUACAACAACACCAACACCAAGUAAAAUAUCACCAACCACAAGGAUUCGGUGGUUUGAUCUAAUUGAUGAAAUGGAUCUGUUCAACGGCGAACCUGACCAAACAAUGAUAGUGCCAAUCACAACAACAACACGUAGUGUGUCACCAAUUACAAUAUUUCCAGAAACUAAAACUCCAGUCACAAUAACAUCAAUAACUUCUAACACUGCUACAAAAACUAUGACAACAACCAUAAGAAAUCAAACUACAACACCCAGAAGAUUCCCAACUACAAUACCCAGAAGAUUUCCAACUACAACACCCAGAAUAUUUCUAACUAAAACAACGUCAAUACCAAGUACCAUGUCCCCAACCACAAUAAUUUCGGAUACAACAAUGCCAGCAACAUCAACCACUGCAACAAUAACUAUGGCAUCAACCUCAACAAGUGAAAUGGCACCUAUCACAAAGACUUCAAUCCCGUUAGAGUUAAGCAAAUCACAAAAGAGAAGGUUGAAAAAGCGAAUAUUCAAACAGAAUAACAUGCCAAUACCCAAAACAUUUCCAGCUACAACAAUUACGACCACGCCAACUACAACAAUGACGACCACGCCAACUACAACACCACCAAUUAUUCCAACUACAAUACAGCCAACUACAAUGUUUCCAGACACAACAACAUUAACAACAACCGCACCAGUACAAUUUCAAAUGCCGCAACAAAAUCAUCAAUUUUACCUAUCACAACAUCUCCAACGACACCAACACCAAGUACAAAAUCACCAACAACAGUAUUUCCAAAUACAACAACACCAACAACGCCAAUGUUUUCAAACACUGCAACAACAACGGCGAUGGCUCCCACCACAACAAUUCUAUCAACAACAAUACCAACACCAAGUACAAAAUCACCAACAACAGUAUUUCCAAAUACAACAAAACCAAUGUUUUCAAACACUGCAACAACAACAGCGAUGGCCCCCACCACAACAAUUCUAUCAACAACAAUACCAACACCAAGUACAAAAUCACCAAUCACAGUUUUUCCAGACACAAUAUAACCAGCAACAAUGAUACAAGUAAUUUCAAGCACUGUAACAACAAUAAUUAUUUUAUUAACCACAACAGUUCUACAACACACCAACACCAGGACUCCAAACUUAUACCUUUGCUUAACUUAUAGUUAAGAAUUUAUUACAUAUUCAGAAAAUGAUGGCAAUAACAAAACAAUUCCAGUUACAAAAAAUGUAAAUUACACCAACACCAAUAAUAUAACAAUAUUACUAAUUACACGUUCUCCAUAUCAAAACAUGUUACGCGAAAGCAAGAGAUAAUAAAUAUAUUUAAUACAAAAUACAAGUUUAGGAAUAAUAAAAAAAAAAAACAUAAAAAAAUAACUUUAGUUCAUAAUGUGAUCUAUUACGAACAUAAUAUUACCACAACUCUUCAUAACAAAAUACUAUAAAAGAAUACAUAUUUUAUUUUGCUUUACCUCACGCCAAUAUAAAAACAUGGCAGUUCACAGUUGUACUACCUACACAUAUAAUUGUUCUAAAAAAUAUAGUUUAUAGUAGGUAUAUCCAAAUUUACACAAAAAGUUUUAUUCAAUAUUAAUUUUUAUUGUUGUUUUGUAUCUGUAGUCUAUACCAUUCAUAUAAUUGAUUUUUUAUGUUUUAUUAUAUCCACACUGCCAUUUUAAUUGUAACUAUUAAUACAAUCACUACACUUUAUUACACAAUAUUAUAAUAUGUAAUCAAAUAAAACUGUAUACCUAUAAUGUAAUUCACCGCAGCGAGUACGUGGUGAAAAAUUGAAUUUCUAUACAAUUAAUAGUAUAAAAUAUUUCCAUGUUAUUAUGUAUAAAUAAAUAAACAGAAUAGCUAAUUCCAAAGUAACCAUAUUGGGUGUAGAAUAACGCAAUAUGUAUAUUAUUAUACAUAAAAAUAUACACACAAGUGUGAUCAAACGCACCAAUGCUCUACAAAAUACCACAGAUGCUCUCCUAGCAAAAAUUGCGUUGCACAAGACACACAUAACUAAUGGCCGUAUCGAACUCCUAUAACAUUUCUUACCACCGAUACUCGUAAAAUGUAGAAGUCAUGACAUUAUCAUAAACUGAUUGACUGUGACAUCUAUACAAGGGUUGAACGAAAACAACCAUAUUGCAGCGUCUCUUAGUAAAAGUCUCAACACUUGACGUCCAUCUCGACUUUUUAUUACUAAAAUGAGUACCUACUUACUUGCCGUCCUCACAUAAUAAUAUUAUGUACAUAUUGGGUUAUUCAAACAUCCGGUUAUGGUCAUAUAGGAUUAACUAUUUUUUUUACUAUUAAACAAACUUGCUUGUUACUUUAU